AUGGUAUUAUUACACAACGUUAAAACUUACGAAGAAUUUAUAAAUCUACUUGAAGAACUGAAAGUUGCAGCUUCGGAACAUUCGGUAUACAUUUACUUUACAUCUUCCAUAACUGAUACCAAUGAUCAAUCCUGGUGCCCGUCUUGUAACGCAGCUUGGUCGGUCAUUCAGAAAUGUUUGGAUCACGUGAAUCCCCAAGCAAUAUUCAUCAAGGCAGAAGUUGGAAGUAAAGAAGAAUGGGAAUCCAAAAACAAUCCUUUUAAAAUGAAUUCAAGGUAUAAAGUUAAAGUUCUUCCGACACUCCUUCAUUGGAAGUCUUAUCAAAGGUUAGAAGGAGCCUAUUGUGCCAAGCCUGAUAUAGUCGAACUACUCUUUGAUGAAUCAGAAGCGGUCAAUUACACUCAAUUGAGCAUGUCAGAACGACAAACCUGCUAA